UCAAUAUUGAAUCAACAAAAACAACCAUAUUUAUAUUGUAGACAUUAUAUUUUCUUUGCCCUGUUGACUUUAUUAUUCUUAUUAUGUCAAAUACAAAUAUUUCAUGGAAUCAUACAAUGGCUACAGGAUACAUUAUUCAAUUUAUUCAUCAUAUAUGUCGCUUGGAAUGUAGCCUAUUUUCUUCAUGAUUGGCUUGAAUUUUCAACGGAUAUUUUACCAAAAAAUCGGCUAUCCGAUAUGGAAAAACGUGCCAUUUUGAUUACCGGAUGCGAUUCUGGUUUUGGAUUGUAUUUGGCACAAAAUCUUCAUCAACAAGGAUAUUAUAUUAUUGCCGGUUGUUUAUCAUUACAAUCGAUUGGUGCAUUAAAAUUACGAGAAAAAAAUGAUGAAAAAUUUUUUGUAAUUGAAAUGGAUGUAACCGAUGAACAAAGUGUUAAUAAAGCCAAAGAACAGGUGGAAAUAUAUUUACAAUCAAAGCCGAAAAUUUCUCUUUGGUCUAUUGUUAAUAAUGCCGGUAUUAUGUCAUUAUGUGAAAUUGAAUUCGGUAACAUGUUAACAUUUACUAAACAAAUGGAUGUAAACGGAAUGGGUGUAGUAAGAGUAACGAAAACAUUUCUACCAUUUUUACGUCAUAAUCAUUUUGGUCGUGCACGUAUUGUCAAUAUAGCAAGUUUAGCCGGACGUUUUACAAUGCCCGGAUUUGUUGCCUAUUGUAUGUCGAAAGCAGCAGUAAUUGCAUUCAAUGAUGGUCUUCGUCGUGAAUUAGCUAAAUGGAAUAUUGAAGUUGUUUCGAUUGAACCACAUCUUUAUCGGACAAACCUUGUAAAUCAAAAACGUUUGAUUGCCGAAUUCGAACAACAAUGGAAUUCAAGUGAAGAAUCAAUUCGAAAAGAUUAUGGCCGAUCAUAUCAUGAUGGUUUCGUUCGAACAAUGACACAAGCAAUGGAAAGUGCACGUUCAGAAAUCGAACAGGUGGUUCGAACAUUGGAACGAGCUGUUACCACUACAGAGAUAGAAUAUUCUUAUACGGUUGCACGUUAUUCGGAAAGAAUUAGAAUAUUUUUCUGGCAAACAAUUGCACCAAUAUGUGUUAUUGAUUUUUUUAUGAGAAAAUUCUUAACCGAUCGUAAUGGACAACCAAAAUUAUUGAAAGAAAAAUUACUUAAUCCAAGAAUUGUUAAUACAAAUAAAUCUAAAUAAAAUAUUGAUUGAUUGAUGUUUGUGUUUGCAAUCAACAUUUUA